GCCAAGUCAGGUCCGCUCCGCGCCGCCAGUCCCCUCGCGGCAGCUGCUGUCAGACCGGCCGCUUCCUCGCCCGCCCCGCCGCCGCCAUGGCCGGCUACGAGUACGUGAGCCCCGAGCAGCUGGCCGGCUUCGACAAGUACAAGUACAGUGCGGUGGACAGCAAUCCCCUCUCUCUCUACGUUAUGCACCCGUUCUGGAAUACUAUCGUGAAGAUUUUCCCUACCUGGUUGGCUCCAAAUCUGAUAACAUUUUCUGGCUUCCUGUUGCUUGUCUUCAACUUCUUCCUCAUGGCAUACUUUGACCCUGAUUUUUAUGCUUCCGCACCUGAUCAUGUUCAUGUUCCAAAUCGAGUGUGGGUCAUGGUGGGUCUCCUCAACUUCGUGGCAUAUACACUUGAUGGUGUUGAUGGGAAGCAAGCGCGCCGAACAAACUCCAGCACUCCCUUGGGGGAGCUCUUUGACCAUGGCCUGGACAGCUGGGCCUGCAUGUUCUUCGUAGUGACCGUUUACUCCACCUUUGGGCGGGGAUCCAAUGGUGUCAGCGUCUUCGUUCUCUAUCUGCUCUUAUGGGUGGUUUUGUUUUCCUUCAUCCUCUCCCAUUGGGAGAAAUAUAACACAGGGAUUCUCUUCCUGCCCUGGGGCUAUGACAUCAGCCAGGUGACCAUUUCAGUUGUCUACAUAGUGACAGCGAUUGUGGGAGUUGAGGCCUGGUAUGCACCUUUCCUGUUUAAUUUCUUAUAUAGAGACCUAUUCACUGCAAUGAUUAUUGGGUGUGCACUCACAGUGACUGUGCCCAUGAGCCUGAUUAACUUUUACAAGGCCUAUAAAAGUAACACUCUGAAGCACAGGUCAGUGUAUGAAAUCAUGCUGCCGUUCUUCUCGCCAGCAUUGCUGUUCAUUCUGUGCAUGACCUGGAUCUUCAUGUCGCCGUCAGACAUCCUGGAGGUCCACCCCAGGCUCUUCUACUUCAUGGUUGGAACAGCCUUCGCCAACAUUUCAUGCCAGCUGAUCGUGUGUCAGAUGAGUAGUACCCGGUGCCAGCCUCUCAACUGGAUGCUGCUGCCAUUAGCCCUGGUCAUCUUUGUGGUGAUCUCUGGAGUCGCAGCACACUGGGAAAAUCUUCUCCUAUACCUACUGACGGCUCUCAUUACCCUGGCGCACAUCCACUACGGAGUAGGAGUGGUAAGCCAGCUGAGCAAACAUUUCAACAUCCGGCCUUUCUCGCUAAAGAAGCCCAGUACAGAUUGACUAGAAGGGGAAGAAGAGAAAAUCAGCCUGCAGUCUGCACAAGUACUGUAAAUAACUGCUGGAAAUAGCUUGCACUUCAACCAUCACCACAGACCUACAUCGAUCUUCUGGACAGACACUGGGGCAGUGGGGGCUCAGCACCAGGGCUACACCCCCGACUGCCAUUGAGAAAACACAAACCGCUCUAUGGUGAAACCAGGCGAGGGGAGUAGCCUUUCCAAUUAUUUCUGUAUAUUAGAUUAGCCAGACGUCUUCAAGCCCUAACUCUGUUUAGGUAGAGCUGGCUUGGGAACGUGGAUGGCAUCGCUCAGAACGCACGGUCACCCAAAAUAACCUGGCAGCUGAGUUAGUAGCAGUGGCCUCAACACAUCUGUAACGGAGACGUUUGAGCUGCAGGGUCAGUGAGGAACGUCUUCGUCGUACACGAAGGCACAUGAGUCACACACGCGGCUGUCUAGUGUUAGACCUUAUCAGAUGACCUUUGUCCCUUGAUGUUAGUCUAGGGAGCAGAUCCCAGCAUGCGCGCGCACACGUCCAUUCAUGCAAAAUGUUUGUUUAGAAGCUUCAAAUGAUAUUCCACUAGGACGACUUAGUCAAAUCCCUCAAUUCCCAAGUGGUUAAGGCAGCUUCCCCUUCUUCCCGCCCCUCCCCCCCUCCCCCUUUUUCCAGCUGUGGGUAACUGGGACCAUAUCUUGACAGUAUUUUUCUUGUUAACCAUACAUUGGCCACAUGUGUUCUUUAAUCACGAGCCCAUGAAGGGAACUUGAGCUCUUAGCAGCAAUGGUUGUUUUGGGAUGGCGGGUGGCUUAUUACUGCCUGCAAGAGCUAAAAUAGCACUUGGCCAAAUUCUCCCUUCUGAUAAAUCAGUACAACCUCAUUUAAUGUCAGAGGGUUGGCUUGCAGGGGGAAGGGGAGUCACAUGCUACAUGGAGCUUGUCUCAUUUCAGACUUGCUGUAUGCACUACGAUUUGUGUGCACGUCCCCGUGAAGGGUGGGACAAUCUCUACGUACGCAGUCUCACAGCUCCAGAGAACUGCAUUGUGGCAAAUCCCACAGCUUGGAAAAACACCUGAAUAGUUCUUACAGCCGCUGACAUGCACAUACACUUGUGGAUAUUUUAUUGGGGGAAAAGUAGAGGUGAUUUUUUUAAAUUACCAUUUCAUUUAGGUCACACACAUCCCAUCCAGCUUUCUGUUUCCCAUCUGUUAAGCCGUUUGCGUUCAGCGGUUUUCUUUUUUGUAAUUCAUUUAAUUGAGUGGUGGUGAAGACUGAGUGCUGAUUUUCUUUUCUGUUCAUUGUAUUUAAUGAAGAUUUGUGCUUGAAUGAAGAGCGCAGCCUAAACCCAGGUUCUGGACAGGCUGCACUCGGAAGUGGGCAAGCACAACGAAUGUUCAUAUAUAAUGUAUUGUGGGAACAAAUUCAUUCAUACCUGGGGAGUAGCUUGGUCAUGGUGUAUUCCUUGACCGUGGGUGAAAAAUCUCCUGCUCUAGGAAAACUUAACUGUCAUUACUAUUUAACGCUUUUCUUUUGUAAAUGUAAAUCAUUGUCAUGCAAGUUAUACGAAACAGAACGUCCAGAAGCCAGUUCACAGCAUUUAUUGUAAAUAGGUUGGUUUUAAUUUGAACUUGAAUUCUCACUGGGGUGUCCUGUACAAGAUCAUAGCUGAUGGCUAGAGGUACACCCUGCAAGACACAAGGGGGAGAAUUUAAUUUCAAGCGGGAAAAUACCAUUACUGCUUCCAUCUCUAGGUGUUCCCAUCUUGUUUUUUGGCUGUGAGGUGAUUGGACUAAACACGUUUUAGUUGUUUUGUUAAUGUGUCAUGACUGUACAUCAGGAACUGGAGGAAGGUGUUAAUCUGGGAGAGGAAAAAACCUCUUAUUCCCCCCUCAGAGUUGAUGAAAUAAGUAGCGUACUCUCAUAUAUAUAUUACUGACAUUGUACAGAAAAAGCUUAAGUGUACAGAGGAAUUGGGCUGUGCUUCAAUUUUUGACACUCGUAACUGUUGAAUUAAAUAUAUAAUUAUGGGCAAAUUAACUGAAAUUGUAGUUGCACAAGAAACAUUAAGAAUUUGAAACCAGCUGUUGAAAAUGGGACACACAGAUUAACUAUCUGUGGAACGUUUUCCUACUGCACAAUCCGCCUUCGUGGCCGUGACGCGUUGCUGAGGUUGGGUUUUUCCAUUUGCGUGCCGACGGAUCAUGGAAUACUUGGGCCAGUUCCCCUUGACUAGUCACGUUAAGAAAUGUCUGGGUCCCAAGCAUGAAGCUAAACGUGUUCUGCAUUUCCUUUUAUGGCAUGUCCAAUUUCUCCGCCCCGUCCCCACUCUCCCGGCAGUACUGCUGUGUUCAGACUGGGGUGGCGUUUACAUUGUGAGAUUCUGUCUGCUCGGUUCCCUAGUCACUGUUCCUCUGGCUGUGGAGUAUGUUGAACCAUUCCUUUGGGCCGUGCAUGGAAACACCCUGAAAAAAACACUCUUGUGUGGAGGCUGGCAGCUAGAGCAGACUUGCAAUCUAAACGCCUUCAUGCAUUUUACUGACAUGUUCUUACGGCAGGAUCUCUCAAACCCUUUUACACACACAGGCUUAUCUCUGGGGAGUCAUGGAAUUUGGUGCCUUAACUUAUUGCAUGUUGGGGCUAGCAAAACCUCUACAAUCAAAUUAUGCUAGAAAUCAGUUUUAAUGCUGCUCGAGCUCAGGCAGAUGAGGGCAGGAUGAGCUCUUUAACCUGUCUGAUUCUGCUCUCUGGGCACGUUCUGCCGCCCAACACAAUAAACAGUUUUCAUUUGCGCAGUGUUGAUCUGAA